AUGUCGACACUUACCUUUGUUAACGAGAAUGGUGCUGGGCAGAAGCAUAGCGACCUGUGCCACUACUCCCAGGCUGUCAUCCUUCCCGGGAACAUUGUGAAAUGUGCAGGACAGGGUGGCUGGACUCAGUCCGGUGAUUUGGAUGCGACAGACGUGCGCAGGCAGGUUGAUCUGGCUUUUGAGAAUGUCGAUCAAGUGCUUCAGGCUGCUGGUUUGAAAGGUUGGGAGGACGUCUACCUUAUCCGCUCGUACCAUGUCGACAUGGGCGCUUCUUUUGACUACAUUGUCGAAAAGCUUAAGAAACGUAUUCCUGGACACCGUCCCGUCUGGACUUCUAUAGCUGUCCCUCGCCUCGCCUUUCCGUCGAUGUUGAUUGAGAUUGAAGUGGAGGCAUUCGACUCCCGACGAUAG